AUGUGUAAGAGUGGGGAACCUUUGGAGGUACGUGAGUUUUCCGAAAAACCUCGUCCAGAACCUUUGAAACCUGUGAAACCUGCGAAAGUUGAGCAUCUUGGCUGGUUGGCGCAAUCAGAGUGCCCCGUUGAUGAUGAAAAGCUGGUUCAUACUGCUUGGUGUAUCGAGGAGGGUCGGCGUGUCGCACGAGACAUUGGUGGAUCGGAUCCGGAACGAAUGUGUGCUAAUAACAUUGUUUCCUACUUGAAAGUGGAGCUCUCCGGCGGUAGUGUUUUAAUGGAUGCACAACCAGUUGAUGAGAAACGCUAUCCUCUGGCAGCUGUAGUUGAUCGUGGCAGCAGUUCGAAAAACCGUGGCUCCAUUAUGCACCUGGAAUACAGUGGGUCGAAGGAUGGAAAAACUGGUGACCCGCAGUUGCACAAUUUGUUCUUAAUAGGGAAGGGCAUUGUGUACGACACUGGUGGCUAUGAUCUCAAAGUGGGAGGAAACAUGUGCACCAUGCAUCGUGACAAAUGUGGAGCUGCCGCGGUGGCUGGAUUUUUUAAGAUCCUAAGUCUGCUAAAACCAGCUAAUAUAAAUCGUGAUGGCGGUGGUGGCCCGGUGAUAACGUCACCAAUUAUCACCCCGGAGGACGAGUGUUCGAAUCCCGGCACCACUGCCUGA